AAAGGAUUUUCAUAUGACUACGCCCACCGAGACCAGACGAGUCCUUGAUUACAAUAAGGUGUCCACCAUGACCAAGUGCAUUGUUAAGAACUGUCACAGUACUUCUGGGACGGACAGUGGGGUGAUGCUACAUGGCUUUCCAAGCUCUCUUGACUUAAUUAAACUUUGGCUGCAACAGACGGGUAACAGCUUCAACGACAUAGACGCCUUUGCUCGGAACGUUCUCUAUUCUAGAUCUGGUCGCUAUCAGAUCUGCUCCAAACAUUUCUCCCCGAAAAACUAUGUUUUCAAUGGCACAACAAUGGUUCUGAAGCCCGAUGCAGUUCCCACAGUUUCCCAAGAACCACAAUCUGUCUCCAAAGCCCUACCAAGCCAGAAGGUCCGGGAUGAAACAGACACACGUCUUCAUUCUCCUCCAUCCAAGGCUCAUGUGGAGAAUCAGCCCCCUUCACUACGACACAAACCAAUACAUCUACAUACAGAUGAGCAAGAAAAUUCUGGAUGUAUGGAAGCUAAACAGUGUUCGACAGAGACCAUGAAAAUGAUAGAUAAAGCAGUCGGUACUGAUCCAUACUAUGAUAUCAUUGAGAGCAAAAUUGAGAAGAUGCUGAAUAAAAGACUCUUAAACAUUGCAAUGGAAAUAAUCACUCUGCUUGCUGGUGAGGAAUAUAUGAUGGUAAAAAAGAACUCUGACGUGGCUAACUCAACAUUAAAAAGGGAGGUGCCUGUAAAAUGUGGUGAUGUCACAAUCUCUUUCUCCAUGGAUGAAUGGGAUUAUAUAGAAGACCAUAAGGAUCUUUAUCAGGAGAUGAUGGAGGAUAAUGAUCAAAGGUCCAACAGUUGUCCACCCCCAGAAGAACCAGAUCUCUGUUAUGAAGAUGUGAAACAAGUCUCAGUUACUGAUAAGUGUGACGAUGGCCAAAGCAGAGAGAACGUUCAACAGGUAGAUGUUGCAACCAACACAUUCACAGGUGAAUCAAGUACUGCAUCAAGUGAUCAAGAAACAGAAGAGCCUUGUGCAAGCAAUUCCAUGGAAAGCAUUGUAGAUCAAGAGGAUACCUGUGAAGAUGACUCAAAGAGCAGUGAUUUCGGAGAAGAGCCGUACAUUAUGACUUGUUCCCCUGGGGAGAUAGUAGAAGAGGACAAGACUAUCUUACAUGGUUCCCAAGCAGAGGACAGCGAAGGACCCUUGCCCUGUGAGUCACCAAGCCAGGCAAUGGAAAAUCUUGCUUAUUCUUCUACGUCCGGUCAGUGCGAAGAACAAGCCUGGAGUGACUACGAGAGAUAUGUUGGAGAUCCCAGUUACACAUCGGGAGAGCCUCUUCAAAUUAAGGAAGAGGGCAGCCAGUUUAACUACAACUAUAGUGAAGAACCAGCCUUUAUAGAUCCAAAUCCCACCCAUGAAGAACGUAGUGAGCUCUUUGACACCAUGAAUAACCUUCUCAUCCACCAAAUCACAUUUGGCCAGUCUUCUUCGGUAGACAAGCCCUAUGCUUGCAACCAUUGUGAGAAGCGAUUUGCUAAGAGGUCGCACUUGGGAAUGCACCUUAAAACUCACACAGGAGAGCGUCCUUAUGCCUGUCCUGACUGUGGCAAAAAGUUCACUAGGAGGUCAAACAUGCUGACGCACUACCGUACCCAUACUGGAGAAAAGCCAUUUGCUUGCCCCAAGUGUGGCAAGAGGUUCACACAGAGCUCUCAUAUGGUGACACACCAAAGGACGCACUCCUCUGACAAAUUCUACAGUUGCCCCGAGUGUAAGAAACGCUUUACUAAGUGGUCCUACCUGAACUUCCACCUCCGAACACAUGGAAUAGAAAAACUGAGUGUACCCUGACAGUUGCUGGGCUGCACCUGUUUCACAGACCAGCAGACUUAAAUCUAUCCAUUUGUUAUAUGCUAAAAAAAAGUUUAAGGUA